UAAGAUGAAUAAGUAAUAAGAAGAAGUAGUACUAUACAAAAAGUAGAAUUUCAAUUAAUAUUAUACCUUCCCAACUUUGAAGAACAAUUAGUUUGAGGGGAGAACAUGAGUAAACACAUGUUGCUUUUUCCCUUUUUCUUUUUAACCCUUUGUCUCUCCUUCUACAAAUUUUGUUAUUUUGGAAUAGUACUUAGUGAACAAUAGUGGGAAAAAGGGUUUUCCCCCUAAUUAUCAAGAAAUGACUUGUAUCAAUAUUGACUCUCACAAUAAUGUUCCCUCAAGUAAUUAUGAGAAUAGUACUAGUGUUACAAAAACAAUUAGGACUUGUCCUUCUUGUGGUCAUUUGAUCAAAUAUGAAGAAAAGGCUGGGAUUCACAAUCUUCCAGGAUUACCAGCUGGGGUGAAGUUUGAUCCAAGUGAUCAAGAGAUUCUUGAACAUCUUGAGGCAAAAGUGAGAUUGGAUGCACACAAACUUCAUCCACUAAUUGAUGAAUUCAUCCAAACAUUAGAGGGAGAAAAUGGGAUUUGCUAUACUCAUCCAGAAAAGUUACCAGGAGUGACAAAAGAUGGGUUAGUCCGACAUUUUUUUCAUAGACCAUCAAAAGCAUAUACAACAGGGACAAGAAAAAGAAGAAAAGUACACACAGAUAUACGAGGCAAUGAAACUCGUUGGCACAAAACAGGCAAAACUAGGCCAGUUGUGUUCAAAAACAAAGUGAAAGGCCACAAAAAAAUACUUGUUCUCUAUACAAAUUAUGGUAAACAAAGAAAACCUGAGAAAACAAAUUGGGUAAUGCAUCAAUAUCAUCUUGGUGAUAAUGAAGAUGAGAAAGAAGGUGAACUCGUUGUUUCAAAAGUUUUUUAUCAAACUCAACCAAGACAAUGUGGUGGUAACAAUAAUAAUAAUUCUCUACUCAAAAAUAAUUGUCCUCUUCCUCAAGUUAGAACAAGUAUUGGUCAAGUGGGAUCUCAGUUUGUUCAAUGUUUCAAUCCAACUACUCUCAUAUCCUUUGAACAAUUUGAACAUAAUAAUCGUCCCACCACGACGAUGACGACUAAUACUCCUCGUCUUCCGAAUUUUAAUAAUCUCCCUGACGCUUCAUUUAUUUCCUAACUUUUCUUUUUGUCCUUUUAGAUAAGACAAUCACACACUGAAUAAGUUAUUGAAACAAAGAGUAGGGUGGACAGGAGGACCGGGAAGAAUAAGCAAGAGUUCUCUUAUAAUUUUUCAGUUUUAAUUAUGUUUAUAUUUUUGAUGUGGUUAUUUUAUGUAUUAUUAUUGGUAUUUACUUUGUACAGUGAACUAGGCUGAAGAAAUAAGUGUACAUGGCUCUUGACUGGGAGAGUAACUAAUUAAUCGAAGUUCAACUGUACAAAGAUAUAAUAUACUCACUGUUCAUUAUUUUCUUAUGCUAGUACUAAUAGUUAUGCUUUCUCAUAUUUGGAACUUUACAGAAGGCACUUUUGAAAUUGUAGCACCUUGAAUGAAUUUAACUUCUAUUUUACUGGUGAUAUAAAGUACUAAUUUUGACACUACUGAAAUUAGUAAUUUAGAAAAUAAUGAAGUAACAAGUUGGAGUACACUUAUAUUGCAAAGUUAAAGUAAAUAGCAAAUUGACGGCCCAAAAUAGCACUCAGGAACAAUUGUGCUGAUAUAGUGUGUAAAACUGAGCUCUAUGACAUGCAUUUUCAUCAAAAUAGGCCAUACGCAGGGUUGUCAACGAGCGAAAAUAUUACAUAGUUGACGAUUGUACUUGGUAUCCUUUGGCAUCAGAAUAUUAUUAAGCUCGGUAUAUAAAUAUAUAUAUAUAUAUAUAUAUAUAUAU